UUGACUUCUUAAUGCAUAUACUGAGACAGCUUUACUCUGGAGGUGGAGCAGUGGGUCAAAAGUACUUUGAGGGUUGCCUUCUUCUUAGGAUUCCUUUGUCUCGAUUGUCUUUCUCAUCCUUCCAUACUUACGUUCCAGGAUAUGAAUGGUGAGCAAUGAACCCCGGGAAUUGGAGCCAGGUAACAGAGUUCAUCAUCUUGGGCUUUCCCCAUCUUCAGGGUGUUCAGGCUUAUCUCUUUCUCUUGCUACUUCUAAUCUACCUCACUACUGUCCUGGGGAACCUGCUGAUAUUCCUGCUGGUCUGCCUGGACUCCCGACUCCACACACCUAUGUACCGCUUCAUCAGCAUUCUCUCCUUCCUGGAGCUUGGCUACACAGCUGCCACCAUCCCCAAGAUGCUGUGGAACUUGCUCAGUGAGAAGAAGACCAUUUCUUUCUCUGGAUGCCUUCUGCAGAUCUAUUUCUUUCACUCUCUUGGGGCUACAGAGUGCUAUCUCCUCACAGCUAUGGCUUACGACAGGUACUUAGCCAUCUGCCAGCCUCUCCGCUACCCUACUCGCAUGACGCCGGCACUCUGUGUCAAGAUUGCUAUUGGCUGUUGGUUAGGAGGCUUGGCUGGACCAGUGGCUGAAAUUUCCUUGGUCUCCCGCCUCCCUUUCUGUGGCCCCAAUCGCAUUCAGCACAUCUUUUGUGAUUUCCCUCCUGUGCUGAGCUUAGCUUGUACUGACACCUCUGUCAAUGUCCUAGUGGACUUUGUCAUCAACUCCUGCAAGAUCCUGGCCACCUUUCUGUUGGUCUUUAGCUCCUAUGUGCAGAUCAUCCGCACAGUGCUCAGAAUUCCUUCAGCUGCAGGUAAGAGGAAGGCCUUCUCCACGUGUGCCUCCCACCUCACUGUGGUUCUCAUCUUCUAUGGGAGCAUCCUCUUCAUGUAUGUGCGGCUAAAGAAGAGCUACUCGCUGGACCACGACCGGGCCCUGGCAGUGGUCUACUCAGUGCUCACACCCUUCCUAAACCCCUUUAUCUACAGCUUGCGCAACAAGGAUAUCAAAGAGGCUGUGAGGAGGCAGUUGAAGAGGACAGGAAUCCUGGAGUGA